AUGGAGAUGCCGAGGGACAGAAAAGUGUUUGGUGCCAUCUGCCACAAUCAAAUGACCCAAACUGCGAUGAGAACUGCAGUAAAUAAAAAGGGUAAAGCGCUGGUGCCACGGAGCAGCAGUCCAGUCACUAUGUACGUCGAGCUCCCCUGCAUCAUUGAACAAGCUUUUUCAACUAUUGCAUGGGAUGAUUUAGAGGACUGCGCCUCUGCAGUGAGACGGGAAAGCGAUCCCCUCAGCUCUCAGGUGAAUGAAUCUGAUACAGAUGACCAAGACUUUGGAGAUUAUGCGCUGGAUUUCAUGGCAGAGUCUCCUGCCACACUUGAGAGCAGCCUGUCUCCGGCUGAACUGGUGCCAUUUCAGGGAUGUGUCAUACCUCCCCUCACCCCCCAACGAGAUUUCUCUCCAGAGGACAAUCUUAUUAAUUCAUCCACUGAAGCAAGCAACCCACAUGCCCAGGAUGGAUCUCUCUGGACAGGCAUCACCCAGUGUCAUGUCAGGGCACUGGGACAUUCUGUGGAAGUCAACAAUCAGCUCCAUGAGACUCUUCAAAGACGACAGGAAGAGAUUGACUCCCUCCAGGAGAGAAACCUUCACCUCAGGCAGCUGGCCAGUCGAGCAAAGCACCUGGCCUCAGUGCUCGAAAAACUGAUGACAGUCAGAGAGCCAAAUGUGAGAGAACCAGUGGUGGCUUGUGGUGAUAAAUCUUCACUGAGUCCCUGUAAGCGGCAGAGACUGGAUGAAGGAUAUGAAACAGAAUCCUCUGACUCAGUGGAGGAGAUGCUGAGGGACAUCAGCACACGCUGCAAUGCUGUCCUGCAUAGCACUGCUACUGGAACAAGAAUACAGCAGGAAUCAGAGACUAUACGUAUGUUCGGUGCAUUCUCAGGCCUACAGACGUCUAUUUCCAAAGAUGGCAGCAUGAGGGUUGACGAAGCAGAGACUGAAGAGAAUGUCUCAUCUUUCAGAACUUCUGUUAGAGAACACGGCACCAUAAGGACUCAGGUGUUUCCUCACGGCCAUGCCUUUACCUCGAGGACUCAGGAAGGCGGAUAUCGCUUUCGCUGGGUUCCCAACCACAGCUGA